AUGCAGCGCCACCAUGAAACACAGAAGAUGUACAAAUAUGCACCCAGGCUUGUUCCUGAUGUGAAGGGCAUGGCGUACAAGGAGAGGAGGAAGAAGGGUCUCAUCCCUAAGCCACCGACCUCAGAAUACAUCAGUAAGCCACCAACCUCAGAAUACAUCAGUAAGCCACCGACCUCAGAAUACAUCAGUAAGCCACCAACCUCAGAAUACAUCAGUAAGCCUCCAACCUCAGAAUACAUCAGUAAGCCACCGACCUCAGAAUACAUCAGUAAGCCACCAACCUCAGAAUACAUCAGUAAGCCACCAACCUCAGAAUACAUCAGUAAGCCACCGACCUCAGAAUACAUCAGUAAGCCUCCAACCUCAGAAUACAUCAGUAAGCCUCCAACCUCAGAAUACAUCAGUAAGCCACCGACCUCAGAAUACAUCAGUAAGCCUCCAACCUCAGAAUACAUCAGUAAGCCACCAACCUCAGAAUACAGUAGCAAGCCAGGAGACUGUAUUUAG